AUGACUCUCACAGACUUCCUCGCUGUGUCAGAUAUUACUUCAACUAUCAACGCUUGCAGGGCAAACGACUCCUUCAGCCCAAAUACUUUUUUUGCGAUGGUAGGAUUGUCCAAGAAGUCUCCCCCUGAGAUUGAAGAAGAUCUUCAUGAUCCUGGACAGGACAAGAGUGGCUACAUCGAACCGGACGCGCUACAGAUGAGUCUUAAUAGCUUUCCAAGGGGGGCUCGUCCCCUGACAGCGGCUGAGACCAGUGCCUUCCUCCUGGCUGGGGACCAGGACGGGGAUGGAAAGAUAGGCUGGGAUGAGUUCUCCAACCUUGUUAUGUCUUCAUAA